AUGGAUCUUAAACGGUUGGAGGAUCAUGCCGAGGAUAAAACAGAAGCUAACCAAAAUGUCGUUCUACUGCAAAACAUACUGGACAAAAACAUAGCUAUUCUCGGAAAACUAAAAACCGAGUACGAAUACAAAUUGACGGAGUUCUACUCGAUGAAGGCACAAGAGUCGGUUCUCGAUUUGCACCUCGAAACGUGGAUGCAUUUGCACGAGAAGCUAGAAGAAGAAUUGGUCAACAAGCAUCACGAGGCUUUUGAUGCGCGGUUUAAAAUUUGGCAAGACCGAGAGAUGUUUUGUGAGAUUUCCUCGCAAUUCUGUAAGGAUUUUUCAUUAGAGAAAACAUUAGCAGCCAUGAAGCCCUCCGAUCUAGCGCCCGUUAGGUCUAAUCCAUCAAAUCCUGAACUAAAUAAAUCUGACAUUGUGAUUAGCCCAAUUACAUCCAAACAACUAGAGAUUGAUCUUGAAAUUGAGAUGCUUUCGGAAAAGGAAGUUGAACUGAAUCGAAUGGAGCAGGAGAUGGAACCAAACGAGAAAACUAUUCGGCUUCUCCAGGAAGCAGUUCAUAAAUCCGCUAAUAGUUUGGAAGAAUUGGAGGCUAAUAUUGAAACACUCGAGAAGCAAGUGUUGUUAACCCGAAGUGAGGAAGAUUGUACUAUAAAAUCGAUACUGAAGAGGCAAUCCUUUGUGGCUCCGGGUGCUCUGCGAAAACAAGUGCAUUUUAAAUAA